AAACAAUUUAAAAAGCGAGUGGAGCGCGAUAAACAAUACUCCGUAUAAAUGCACACCUCCGCGUUCUAGGCAACCCGUGAAUGCAACGAUAUGAUCUAUCCCCAAUCCAAACGGUAAAACAAUGCAGUGGCAUUCAAAGUAAAAACACCCAAAUUCAAACCUUUGUCUAUAACUUCCUUUGUUUAUAAACUCGACAAAAUCUGAACAUUUUUCUGUAUUGGGCGUAUCAUUAUCUUCUCCAAUGGACUCCGCCACUCUUUGGUUCAUAUCCGUUUCCGUCCUCCUCCUUCUCCGCCCAUCUCCGGCAAUCUCUAAAACAACUUACAUCGUCCAUAUCAAAAACACCCAAAAGCCUGCUUCCUUCGAAACCCACCGCGAUUGGUUUUCCGCCCAUCUCCAAUCGGUUUCUUCAGGUCCCGACUCCCUGCUGUACACCUACACCACCGCUUAUCAUGGCUUCGCCGCCUCUUUGGAUCCGGAUGAGGCGGAGGCGCUCCGUAAAACGGAAGGUGUUGAAGGGGUUUACGAGGAUACGGUGUACAGUCUCCACACCACCCGUACGCCGGAGUUUCUCGGCUUGGAUGCUAUGUCCGGCGGGCUCUGGACGGGCCACGGCAUGCAGGAGCUCAACCGUGCCACCCAGGAUGUCAUCAUCGGAGUUCUCGAUACCGGUGUGUGGCCGGAAUCGAAGAGUUUUAAUGAUAUCGGUAUGCCCGCCGUUCCGGCCCGUUGGCGAGGGCGGUGCGAAUCCGGGUCGGACUUCAAUCCGAAGGUCCAUUGUAAUAAGAAGCUUAUCGGAGCCCGGUAUUUCGCCCGCGGCUUCCACAUGGCCUCCGAGAUGGGAUCCGCCAGAGAGGUGGAAUCUCCGCGUGACACCGAGGGUCACGGGACUCACACCGCCAGUACCGCCGCCGGGUCCCAAGUGUCAAACGCCAGCCUCUUUGGGUACGCCUCCGGGGUAGCCCGCGGGAUGGCCACCAACGCCCGCAUCGCCGCCUACAAGGUGUGCUGGACAUCCGGGUGCUUCGGGUCGGACAUCCUCGCCGGGAUGGAGCAAGCUAUUCUCGACGGCGUCGAUGUGCUCUCAAUGUCACUGGGCGGCGGCUCUGUCCCUUACUAUCGCGACACAAUUGCCAUUGGAGCUUUUUCCGCAAUGGAGAGAGGGAUUUUCGUCUCUUGCUCCGCAGGGAACAGUGGACCAGUGAAAUCGACGGUGGCGAACGUUGCUCCUUGGAUCAUGACCGUCGGCGCUGGAACAAUUGACAGGGACUUUCCGGCGUAUGCCACAUUGGGGAACGGGAAAAGGCUCACCGGAGUGUCCUUGUACAGCGGGAAAGGAUUGGGGAAACGGCCAAUCGGAUUGGUGUACAAUUCCGGCAACGAAACUGCCGGCAAUUUGUGCCAACGGGGAUCGCUUGAUCCAAAAUUGGUGAAAGGAAAAGUAGUUCUGUGCGAUAGAGGGUCGAACCCGAGGGUGGAGAAGGGCGAGGUGGUGAAGGAAGCCGGCGGGGUGGGUAUGAUUUUAGCAAACACGGAGGCGAGCGGGGAGGAGCUCGUGGCGGACAGCCACUUAUUGCCGGCGGUGGCGGUGGGAAAGCAUUCUGGAGACGCGAUAAGAGAGUAUGUAAAGGGGUCUAAGAAUCCCACGGCGGUGCUCAGCUUCGGUGGGACGGUUCUGAAUGUGAAACCGUCGCCGGUGGUGGCUGCUUUCAGCUCUAGAGGGCCGAACACGGUGACCCCGCAAAUACUAAAGCCUGAUGUGAUUGGGCCCGGAGUGAAUAUCUUGGCCUCGUGGUCAAUGGCCACCGGGCCCACUGGGCUCCUGCAAGACACUAGGAGGACUCCAUUCAACAUAUUAUCUGGAACGUCCAUGUCUUGUCCCCAUAUUAGUGGACUGGCAGCAUUACUAAAAGCGGCCCAUCCCAACUGGAGCCCAAGUGCAAUCAAAUCUGCACUCAUGACAACAGCAUACACUCGGGACAACACCAACUCUUCUCUACGGGUUGCCGAGGAUGGCAAGCUUUCAAGCCCAUGGGCUCAUGGAUCGGGACAUGUUGAUCCCCAAAAAGCCCUCUACCCUGGCCUCAUUUAUGACAUCCGUCCGGCCCAAUACGUCAUGUUCCUGUGCUCCUUGGACUAUGCCAAUGAGCACAUCCAAGCGAUUGUCAAGAGAGCAAACGUUACGUGCAACAAGAAAUUCAAGGAUCCUGGGCAGCUCAACUACCCAUCCUUCUCUGUGGUCUUUCCAGGGUCAAGAGUCGUCCGGUACACCCGGGAACUCACCAAUGUGGGGCCUGCAGGCUCCACGUAUGAAGUGUCCGUGGAAUCACCACCAUCGGUUUGGGUGACAGUGAAGCCGAAAAGGUUAGUGUUCAAGAAGGUAGGGGACAGGCUAAGGUACACAGUUACAUUUGUAUCCAGGAAGGGAGUGAAGGGUGUUAGAAACGAAUUUGGUUCCAUUUCUUGGAAUAAUAAUGCAGGGAAUCAAGUUAGGAGUCCAGUUUCUUUCUCUUGGGCCCAACUUUUAUAGUGUGAGACUAUAUUUAUCAUAGUAGUAGGGCGGGUUUAGGGCCUUUGAUCUUGUAACAAUGCAGGUCCAUUGUAUUACUUUCUAGAGUGUGGGUUUCAAGAGUAGAUUGCUUAUCUGGGAAAGGGACAAAUGAGUGGAGUUCUAUUAAGUUUGCUUCUAUAAACAAUUAAAUAUUUAUUCACAUUACAUUUGACCCACUAAAACAAAAACGCUCAAUAUAUUUUUCUAUUGAGCGUUUGAAAAAACUAC